GUUCACUCAUGCACUUCCUGUUUGCCCUGUUUGUCAGCCACAGUGUGUGAGGCGCAGGCAGCUUUGAGCGCAGCGGAGAACUAGAAUCAGCUUCCAGCGGAUGAUCCCACAAAACUUUUUUCAUGGUACCCCUCUGCCUGGCCCAGGAUGUGGGUUUGUCAGUGCCAGCUACACUGUGAUGUGCUUGGUGAAUGAAUGGCAGUGACGCUGAACGGGAGACACUCUGCCUUGGACUCUUUGGAACCUUUAGACGCGUACAGAGACAAUGGAGACUGGACAGUGAACUGCAGGUCUGUCUCCUGAUCCCCUGCAAAACCUGAGCGGUGAAGAUGCAGCACACCUCAUGCACAGAGGACCGGAUCCAGCAUGCUCUGGACAGGUGCCUGGAUGGACUGAGACAAAGCCCGACAGCAGCACACCACUGGAACGUGCUGAUGUGCUCAGCGGGUCAGUCGAUGAACCGCUGGAGCCUGGAGGAACUUGUGAAGAGAGAUCCUGAGAACUUCCUCAUCCUUCUGCAGCAGAUCAUCAAGAAGACCAGAGAGGUCCAGGAGCAGUGUCAGUAUGAGCUGGUGGCUCCCCUCGCUAUCAUGUUCUCCUCCACUCUGCUGCAGACGCCGUACUGUCCUCCAGACACGGAGCUGCUGGAAGAAGCCAUUGAGGUGUUCUGUGAGUUCCUCACCUGGCCUGAGCCUUACUGCAGUGUUUGCAAAAAGCUCCUCUCCACACUACAUCUGGAGAUCAAGGCUCCUGGAAUAUCUUUUCAGAGACUGGUGAGAGAAGAGCAGGGCCUGAACACCAACCAGUGCUCAAAAACCAUGACUGUGCUGCUGAUGAACCCGAGUGAGGUUCCUGCUGACUUUCUCACCGUGGCUGAGCAGCUCAGUCGCAUUCAGCAUUCACAGAAGGAGAGCUACAUCACAUUGAUUAAGCACGCCUUCCAGUCCACCCUAGGCACCAAGUACCCUCUUCACGGCAUUCACAAAGUCCUGCAGGCAAAAACUGUGAAUGAAUUGGGUGAGAUCUUCUCCUUGGUAAGUGAUGUCUUAGAGACCGCUGCCACCACGACUGACCCACUGAAGGGACGGAGUCAUGUCAUCCAGGAACUGGAGAGACUGAGGGAGAGGAUGAACAUUCCUGCAUCCAACGGAAGAAAGUCUGAUGGAAGACUACAGACGCUACCAGUGCCCACAGCCAAAUGUUACAUGUUUCACUGGGAAAAAGACAAUUUUGAUGUUCUGAACACCCUUUUGAAUAAUGAAUUUGAUGAGCAGCCUGCAGAUGACGAAGUUGAUAUCGAUGAUGAUGAUGAUGAUGAUGAUGAUGACAAUGAUGAUGAUGUGGAACUAGACGAGGGGGAAGAAGACAAAGAAGAUGAGGAACAUGGUUUGGUAUCACCAUCAAUCUCCAUCAUUCCUAAUGACUACAGCGGCAGCCAUCGUGCCUCCACCUUCUCCACCAUCUCCUCCCUGUCCAGCGCAUCCAAAGACUCCAUGUUCUCCACGUUGUCUGUGGCCUCAGAGUCCUAUGCUCCCUCCCUUUUCUCGGUUGCUUCGGGAGUUGAUAGUGACUACUUCGAAGAUUCCGAUGACUACAUCUGUUCCUCUCCCGUUGCUGAAAAAUGUUCACCGAAGACAAGCAAAGCUUCGGCUCGACUCAGCCAGCACUUCCAGCGGUUCUUCACCAAACCCAAGAGCCCUCGGUCACUUUACCGGGCCAAAAGUUUAGGAAACACUGCAUCAAAAGACAUUUUAAUGGUGCGAGAAAAGCGUUCCAACUCUCUACCACAGCAAGUCAAAUUACGCAGUCCUGAGCCCUUACUUGCACCACAAAGUCAAACUCUCAGACACGUGUGUUUCCGAAGGCGGCCUAUUCUAAGCAGCGAUGAGGACAGUAAGAAUACUACGCUUAGGGUGGUAGUGUUUGGUGCUGAUCAUGUGGCAGGAAAAGUGGCCCGAGCCUACAAUAGCCUGAGAAGGAAGGAGAGUGAAUGUCCACGUCUCAGCAGGGCUUUCAACAUUCAGUUCUACUUUGUGCCUGUGAAGAGGGACUCAGGAGGAGGUCGGAGGUCUUCGAUGUCUGUGGUUCAGACUGUAACAAAGGGAGCAUCACCACCUAUCGAUGUUAACCACAUGAGCACAGGGGACAGCACUAACGACAUUGCCCAUCUGCUUGGCAUGUUGGACCCUUGGUACGAAAGAAACACCCUCAGCCUGCUUAAGUUGCCUACCAACGUCGUCUGCCAGCAAACAUCAAAAACAGAAUCAGAGUCCUAUGAUAGCUCAUAUGAGCAGCGUCUACCCAUUCUGGCCGAAUUGGUCCUGUACUACUGCCGUCAUGCUGCCCGGCCAGCUCUAAUCCAGCUCUACCAGGCCGAGCUGACUCUAGCUUGCGGAGAAAGGAGGACCGAGGUGUUUGUCCACUCUCUAGAGCUGGGUCACACCGCAGGAACACGAGCCAUCAAGGCCAUGGGUGCUGCCAGUAAACGGUUUGGCAUUGAUGGUGACCGAGAAGCAGUGCCUCUAACGCUGGAGGUGGUGUACAACAAGGUGGUAAUUAGUGGGAGAAGCCAGUGGAAAAGAGAAACCAAAGUCUGUACUUCAGUAAACUUAAUCAAAGCAUGCAAGAAUCCUGAAGAACUGGACUCAAAGAUGGAAUGUCUGCAGCUCACAAUGACUGAAGUCCUGAAGAGACAGAACGGUAAAAGCAAGAAAGGCUACAACCAGCAGCUGACUACAACUGAAGUGAAGGUGGACAAGGUGCAGGUCAGCGGCGCUGGAAACACAACUUUUGCUGUCUGUCUGGACCAGGAUGAGAAGAAGAUACUACAGAGUGUCACCAGGUGUGAAAUAUCAGUAUGCUAUAAACCUGACAGCUCCUCUGACUGGAGGCUAAGAAAAUCACGGACCUCUGCUCAGAUACAACCUCUCCACCCAACCUUCUGCUCCCUCCUCUGCCUGCCCAUAGUCACUUUCAGCGGAGCUCUUCCCUGAGACAGCUGACCACCGGUUUACGUGAACUGAAAGGACAGAUUUCCUGCACAUAUGUUGUGAAUAACACACAAUGACUUCUAUAUGCAGAAAAAUGCACAGUUUCCUUGAAGAUUUUGAGGCCAUGUUGACAUGCUGGCCGCCUCAAACAGCAACUUUAAAAUGAACUGAAUAGUUCACAGGAUGUGUCUUUGUCUUGUUUUCUCUGUAAAAAGAAAGCAUUCUUUGUAAUUAAGGGAACCAUUCAAAUUUCCUCCCUCAGCUUUCGUUUCCUCUUUUUGCAUUGACAGAGAAAAAUCAACAGGGUUGCAUUUUAGGUGAACUGGGGACAUCGUUAUGCUGUAAUAAUAAUAAUUUAAAUGAUGUAAAUGUUUUGGUUAAAGUUGUCAAACAGACUUUUUCUGGUUUAACCUACUUGGACACUGUACUAUGUUGAGACUCCUUGAGCAGGUAGUACCAGAUCAUGUAACAAUGGACACUAUGUGUAUAUUUGUAAAAUACUGUAUUGCAUAUCAUGAGUUGAUCAUCACAUCAUUUUAUGUCUGUUGUAUAUUAUAAUAAUUUCUCCAAGGGAGUUAAACUGAUUACUGUUUAAAGUUGAAUUAUAUAUCUGACCAGCAGGGGGUGCUAUUGUAUUUCCUUUUAGACUUUGUGACACUUGCAAUAAAGUUGAAUUAUAGCCCAUGGUGAUAUGAUGGCCAAGAUGGUGCUGAAAUACA